AUGAGCUUGCAGGGGAGGAAAGCCCCGGCGGGGGUCACCGGAGUCCGGCGGUGGCUUGUCACCGUCGUCGUGUCGGUGCUGGGGCUGGUGCUGACCCUCGUGGUGAUAUCGCUGUCCCAGGGCUCGUCCCUGCCUCGGACGUCGCUGCACGACUACCUCCCUGCCGGAGUUACUGGCAUCGGGAAGCGUUCGUCGUCGGAGCGUGCUGAUGGAAACAGUAGUGGCCCUGCAAUUGGGGAGGAAUUGUCGCAGGGUGGGCGGGAACCCUUAGUGGAGCAGAAUGGUCAGGGUGGUGACGUGAAUUCAAGCCAAACUUCUGCAGUUACAGGAAAGAUGGAUGACAACGAGCCGGAUCCAGUUGCUUCCAGUGAUGCCACACCGACUCCCAACGAGGAUACAUCUCAUGAAUCUCAAAAGGCUGAGCAAGAUACUUGUGAUCUCUACCGUGGGGAGUGGGUUACUGAUUCUUCUGGGCCACUAUACACAAACAACUCUUGCCCUAUCAUCACACAGAUGCAAAAUUGCCAAGGAAAUGGACGACCGGAUAAGGACUAUGAGAAUUGGAGAUGGAAACCAGAACAGUGUAACCUCCCGCGCUUUGAUGCAAGGAAGUUCUUGGAGUUGAUGAGAGGAAAGACACUUGCGUUUGUCGGGGAUUCAGUUGCUCGAAACCAGAUGGAGUCCCUCCUUUGCAUUCUGUGGCAGGUAGAUGUCCCACAAAACCGAGGCAACAAAAGGAUGCAUAAGUGGCUCUUCAAGUCAACUAAAACAACUAUCGCCCGUGUCUGGUCUUCUUGGUUAGUGCACAGGUCAACUGAAGCUGUGGGGAUUGCUCCUAAGGGUAUUGAUAAGGUUUUUCUGGAUAUUCCUGAUGAGACCUUCAUGGAGUUCCUCCCAAGGUUUGAUGUACUUGUCCUUUCCUCUGGCCACUGGUUUGCCAAACGAUCAGCCUAUAUCCUGAAUGGGAAUGUUGUUGGAGGGCAGCUUUGGUGGCCUCGUAAAGCAGGAAAAAUGCAGGUCAACAAUGUGGAUGCUUUUGGUAUCUCUGUCGAGACUUGCCUAACUGCUGUGGCGACUAACCCAAAUUUCACAGGCCUAGCUAUUGUGCGAACAUGGUCACCUGAUCAUUAUGAAGGUGGAGCAUGGAACACUGGUGGAUCAUGCACUGGGAAGGUCAAGCCCUUGGAUGAAGUGGUGAGGAAUGGCUUUACCGAUGCCAUGCAUGAAAAGCAGGUUGCAGGCUUCAAGAAGGCAGUGAAGAAUGCGGGGGAACAUGGUUCCAGGUUGAAAUUGAUGGAUAUCACUGAACCCUUUGCCUUCAGGGCUGAUGGUCAUCCUGGCCCGUAUAGAAGCCCUGACCCAAACAAGAAGACACAGAGAGGGCCAGAUGGAAAACCUCCACCUCAGGAUUGUUUGCAUUGGUGCAUGCCAGGACCAGUAGACACAUGGAAUGAGAUGUUGCUAGAGACCAUACGGAGAGAGUUUGAGAGAGAGAGAACCUGA